UGGUGGUAUUCUGUGGUGGUGUUAUUUAAAAUUUUGACUAAACGCGCAACGCCCGGUGUUUUGCAGCCGUUAACAACGUUUUACUGGUGGUAUAUGUACAGUUAGUGCUUUAUUGCAACUAUGAAGAACGGAACUGUAAUAUUUCCAUCUCCAAACUGGUUCCAAGUAUCUGGACUAGCCGUAUCCAAUGAUGGUUGGCUCGUCUACGGUGGUCCUAGCAAGAGUCUUUGUGUUUUGGAACCAUUGAAUCCAAAUAACCAAGGAUCAGGAAAUGAGAAUUGCUAUCAAGCCCACGUUGUCAACAGAGCACACUUAGAGAAAAUAGUCAGUGUUGAUAUUUCCCGUGAAUGGCCAGAGAAGAAGUUGUUCUUGACAGGCAGUGCAGAUGGUAGUGUCAAACAGUGGAGCUUAGAAUAUGUUCAGAAUACAGCAAGAAUAAAGUCUACACAUUGUCUUGAUAUCUACCAAAAUGAAAAAGAGGAAGUGGCAGGUGUAGGAUACAGCAGUGAAUCAUUUGCAAUAACUGUUGGCAACUUUGGCAAUAUCAUCAAAUGGGAUUUGAAGUCAAAUGUAGCUAAGACCUACAGCAAAUUUCUGAAGAAGUUCAAACCAACUUGCAUAGCUUGCUCCCACCACGUACCUUUGAAUGUUGCGGUGGGCACCAAACAAGGUGUGGUGUUUGUUUUAGACCUAAAUGGUCAAGGUAAAAUUGUUUACAAAGUUAGAGGACAAGACGAUGAGGUUGUCAAUGUGUCAUGGUGUCCACAAUAUGAGGUGCUCCUCAGAAAAUCUUUUAAUGAAUCCAUUAGAAAAUCAAGUGCUAUGAAAAGACUGGAAAAAAUCAGAUCUGAAGUAGAAGAGGAAGAGAACUUAGAUGACUCUGGAGUCGCAAAGAAUUUACCCGAUGACAGUUUCGAUGAGUCAAUCGUACAGGAGGAUGAUACAUUUGAUAUAUAUAAAGACCACGAGGCAGAUGAGUUUGGUCACAAAAAGUUUGAACCGAAAGAUAUAAUGGUUAGAGUUAAAGAAGAAAAGGAGCAGGGUGACUUUUUAACAGAAUGUUUGAAACUCAAAGAAGAUAUUUUGAAGAUAAAAAACGAAUCUGAAGAGUCUGUCGAUAAUCUGGUAGAGGCACUGGACAAUACACAUGUAGAUAGUGAGGCUGAAACUUCUGAUGUGACCUCAACAAAUAAGGAAGAAGCAAUCCCUGAUGCUAUAACUGAAUCCAGUGCUCACAUACAGAAGCAUCUUUUAGCUACAAUUGGGAAAUGUGGUGGUGUAAGGUUAUGGUCUAAAUCUGGUAAACUAGUUGGCAGCUGUGCCGUUCCGACUGGUGUGAAUAAGAAAUCUAGCGGCCCUCUCUGCACCACAAUACUGUGGUAUAAGCCUGAUGUCCUGCUCAUAGCCGAUGGAAAAAGCCAAUUACUAGAAUGCAACCCAUUGACCAUUGAUUGUAAAAAAAAAUUGCAAUGGAAGGUAGUUCAUUCAUUACACAAGCGUGGACUGUAUUGCAUCGCUUCAAACGCACCGCGCGUGCAAUCGGCAGAUAAAUCGAGCGAUCCGUCGUCAGUUAAAUCAAGCAAUUGUUUGCCGGAUCAGUGGUACAUAUGGACAGUCGCUCAAGACCGCAAUGUUAUUUGCUAUUCCAUGAAGGAUCAUGAAAAGGUUGCUAUCUACAAUACAUGUGGAAGCUCCAUAUACACAAUACAGUCAUGCCCCUAUGAUGCUAAAAGUGUAGUUUUAAGCGUUGGCGAUGGAGCAGUCAGGGUUUGGGGAACAGACACACUGGAGGAGGAUGACACCAAGCUGUCCCUGGGUCAAGUCACUACAUACUGGCAGAAAGUGCAAGGCAAAGUGUUGGUUGCAACCUGGCAUCCCACUAGAGAUAAUCUACUUGCGUUUGCUACGGCGGAAUCUAGGGUGGGCUUGAUAGACGCCAGUGGCAAGAUGGAGCGGCCCGCACGCACGUUGGUGCCCGCGCUACGCGGCGCGAUAUACUCGCUGUGCUGGGGCGACGGGUACGACCUGUACGCGUCGGGUGGCGGCCGUCUCGUGCGGUACUGCACGAACAAAUCCAAUAAAGAUCCGGAGGCAAUCACUGUGGAGUUCGAGGGUCAGAAGUGGGAGGUGUGCUGCGUGAACUGGCAGGCGCGGGGGCUGCUGUGCGGCAGCCUGGGCGGCGCUGUGGCUGUGUUGGACCCUUCCACGCGGGACCUCCUCACUGUGGCCUUCGUGUUCAACAAAAUGAUACACAGCAUGGAGUGGCACCCCCAGCAAACCUCCAGCUCAAGCGAAGAGUCGCCGUACAAAGACCUCAUCGCGAUCUCUUCCCUCGACAAGUCCUUUGAAAUUGCUAUCUUCCAAUAUGCCGACAAAGGCGAUGGUCUGAAGUUACACAAGUGGAAGUCACUGAGCGGGCACAAGAACGCAGUGCUGCAGCUGGCCUGGAACCCGCACCGGGAGGCGCGGCUGCUGUCUUCUUCGCACGACAGCACUGUCAGAGUAUGGGACGUGGUGGAAGGGGUAUGCGUCGCCAUAUUCGGUAGGCACGUGCAGUCAUCGCUGGGCGUGGCGUGGAGCGCCUUCCCGCAGCUGUCGUCGACGGUGCUGUCGAGCGGCAUGGACUGCUGCCUGCGCGUGUGGCGCGUGGAGGACUACCCGCCCGCCGCCUACACAGAAAUCAAGCACGAAGUAGCACCAAAGAAAAAAAAAGAAGAGAAGAAGUCAAAAGCGAAAACAUGUGAAAAUAAAGAAGUGGAACCGGAGAGUGCAGAAACCUCCACAGGCGCCGGUCAAGUCGCCACGACCGUUCUAAAUAAGCUCAAGCCGCCCAGGCGGUUCCUGUUGCCAUGGUUACGGAAACAAAUGUCGCGGUGUAAUGCGCACAGUUUGCGGCAAAUGGCUGAAAAAAUACUUAAAACCGAAGAAAUUAGUAAAAAUAAUCAAGAAAUUGAUCCAAAAGUGGUGAAAUCUGAAGAAAUCGAAACAAACGGCGAUCUUAAAAAUGAGAUUAAAACAAAUGGUGAUCAUAAAAACGAUGAGAUUGAAACGAACAGUGAUCAUGAAAAUGAUGAAUCAAGUGAGGAAGAACCCGAAACAAAUGAAGUAAAAGAAAAUGAAAAGGUUUGUGUAGAAUUUUGGAAGAUUUUCGGCAACACAAAUGAUUUGAACGAAGUGCUGGAUAUAGAAAUGCAUCGCCAUUUGAAGUUUGACCGAUUCGAGGCGUGGUGCAUGGUGUCACUGUUCCGCGGCCACGUCGACGCCACGCUGCAGGCCGCGAGCCGGCGCGACGCGCUGUGCCCCUUCCUGCUCAGCAUAGCGCCCUCUGUUUCCUUCAAGUAUUGGAAAGAUGUGACACAGCUUUAUUUGGCACAAAUUGAGAGGCUAGUUGCUAAAGGAGCGGAUGAUAAACAUAUCGCGCGGUGCUGUGUUGCAGAAGCGAAGAGGUACGGAGGCAGCGUGUACCAGCGCGUGGCGCUAUUGCUGAGCGUGCACGAGCUGAAGAGCGCCGUGACCGCGCUCGUGGACGCGCGCCUCUACCCCGAGGCCUACGUCCUUGCAAGGGCCAGGCACGUGGACAGCUUGGCUGCGGACGUGCUGCACGUGUGGAGGCGGCAGUGCAAUCUGCUGGGCCGCCCGGAGCUGGUUGCCAUGUGUUAUUUGGCAUUAGGGGACGUGUACAAAGCGGCGGUGUCUCUGGCCAAUUCAAACAACCAAGAUUUGCUGAGCUUGGCCGCGGACUUGGCUAAAGCCGCCGGCCAGCCGACAUUCGCUACACACAUCGAAGACAAAAAGUCGCUAAUCCUCAGCGAAACCCCCGACGUAGAUGCUGCUGAAGAUUUGAAAGAGUUACCUUCGAAAAUUGAUGUUCUGAAAGGUAGUAUCAAAAUAGCAGACGAAGACGAAACCAUUAUUAGUGAAAAUGAGGACUGAUUUUGUUAAAGACAUGUACGCAACGCGUGAUACAACAUACACUUUGUGCCAGAUGCGAACGUUUUCUGUUGAAUUCUGACGUACUGUCCGUAAGUUUAGGAGCAUAGUAAUUACAGUUACAAUUACAGGAACAGAAGUUAAGGUGGAUUUAGACCAUGAAUGUAUGAAAAUAAUAAUUAUAAUAAAAAGUGGUUUCUGUCGCUUGGUAUAUUUUAAUAAUAACUAUAUUUAUAUUUAUGAACUCAGAAUUUUCUUCUCUUUCGUUGGACAUCUCACUCGACACAAU